AUGCUUUGGGGGUUGAGGCGUGGCAGGGCGGCGGCCACGGGCCUGGCUGGGCUUCGCCGACCUCUGUGGGGCCCGGGAUGGCGGGGGACGACGACGACGAGCUUCCUGCGGAGGUUCGACACCGUCAAUGGGGCCAGCAACCAACAGCCGCCUUCCAAGGCCGGCUCUUACCGCGAGACGGUGCGGCUGCCGAAGACCAGCAUGCCCAUGAAGCUCGUGGGGCGCCAGCAAGCCGACAUGGAGCUGGAGAUCCAGCAGAAAUGUGGAUUUUCAGAACUUUAUUCAUGGCAAAGAAAAAGAGAUAUAAAGGAAGAAUUUUGUCUUCAUGAUGGACCACCAUAUGCUAAUGGCGAAGCUCAUGUUGGUCAUGCUUUAAAUAAGAUCUUGAAAGAUAUAACCAAUCGAUUCCAAAUGAUGAGAGGUUCAAAGGUGCAUUUUGUGCCAGGUUGGGAUUGUCACGGAUUGCCCAUUGAAUUAAAAGCACUUUCAAAACUUGGAGAAAAAGCUCAGAAUCUUUCACCAAUGGAAAUUAGAAAGACAGCCAGAGCAUUUGCAGAAGCAGCUAUUGAAAAACAGAAGUCUGCAUUUAUUCGUUGGGGUGUAAUGGCGGACUGGGAUAAUUGCUACUAUACAUUUGAUGGAAAGUAUGAGGCCCAACAAAUAAAAAUGUUCUAUCAAAUGUAUGCUAAGGAUUUGAUAUAUAGAGCUUAUAAACCUGUAUUUUGGUCUCCUUCAGCAAGGACUGCAUUAGCUGAAGCUGAACUUGAAUAUAAUCCUGAGCAUGUCAGUCACUCUGUAUAUGUCAAGUUCCCACUCUUGAAACCUCCUUCCAUGCUAGCGUCUGUCUUAGAUAGCUCAUUGCCUGUUAGUGCAAUAAUCUGGACCACACAGCCUUGGACUAUUCCUGCCAAUCAGGCUGUCUGCUACAUGCCAGAAUCUAAGUAUUCCAUCGUCAAAUGUGCCAACUCUGGAGAAUUUUAUAUACUGGCUGCUGAAAAAGUAUCAUCUAUAGCUGCUCUUUUGGGAACAGAAUUUGAGGUUAUUUCAACAUUUUUAGGAGCUGAUAUGGACAGUGGUUCUUGUGCUCAUCCUACAAUUGCAGACAGAGUCUCUCCGCUCUUACCUGCCCAUCAUGUGACUUUGACCAAAGGCACAGGCUUGGUUCACGUAGCUCCGGCUCACGGGAUGGAAGAUUACAGCGUAGCUUCUAUGCACAAGCUGCCCAUGGAUUGUUUGGUGGAUGAACUUGGGAAUUUCACAGAAGCUGCGGGAAAUGAACUUGAGAACAAGAAUGUCUUUGAGGAAGGGUCUGAUACUGUGAUAAAGAUGCUUCAAUCUACAAAGAAUUUGCUAAAGGAGGAGAAAUUUACACAUAGUUAUCCCUAUGACUGGAGGACAAAGAAACCAGUGAUUAUUCGCCCUAGCAAGCAAUGGUUUGUAAAGAUAGAAAAUAUGACAGCUACAGCCAAGGACUCAUUAAGAAAGGUGAAAUUUAUUCCUGUCUCAGCAAUGAAUAGUAUGGUGGACACAAUAGAGAAACGACCAUAUUGGUGUAUCUCAAGGCAAAGGGUAUGGGGUGUUCCAAUUCCUGUGUUCCAUCACAAGACAAAAGAUGAAAUCUUGAUCAACAGCCAAACUAUCGAGCAUCUUGUUCAACUAGUGGAAAAACAUGGAAGUGAUAUCUGGUGGACUCUUCCUCCUGAGCAGCUUCUUCCUCAAAAAGUCUUAGCUCAACUUGGUGGUCCUGAUACAUUGGAAUUUGUGCCAGGUCAGGAUAUCUUGGAUAUCUGGUUUGAAAGUGGAACUUCAUGGAAUUGUGUUCUUCCAGACAAAAGAGCAGAUUUGUACUUGGAGGGAAAGGACCAGCUUGGAGGCUGGUUUCAUUCUUCCUUAUUAACUAGUGUGGCAGCAAAGAAUAAAAGCCCUUAUAGGGCUGUUUUGGUUCAUGGUUUUACUCUUAGUGAAAAAGGAGAAAAGAUGUCUAAAUCUCUUGGAAAUGUGAUUAGCCCAGAUAUUAUCAUCAAUGGAGGGCAAGAUCAAAGCAAAGAUCCUCCUUAUGGUGCAGAUAUUCUUCGAUGGUGGGUAGCUGAAUCAAAUGUCUUCAAUGAAGUGAAAAUUGGGCCACGUACACUUAAUGCAGCCAGAGAUGAUAUUGACAAGCUUAGGAAUACACUUCGCUUUCUUUUGGGAAAUGUGGCUGAUUUCAAUCCAGAAACAGAUACUGUCCCCUUUGAAGAGAUGUAUAUUAUAGACCAGUACAUGUUACAUUUACUUCAAGAUUUUGGAAAAAAGAUUACUGAAGCAUAUAAGCAGUAUGAUUUUGGAAAAGCUGUUCGGCAUUUGCAAGCAUUUUAUCCUAGACAACUCUCUAACUUUUACUUCAGCAUAAUCAAAGAUAGGCUAUAUUGUGAAGGAGAAAAGGAUCGCAAACGACGUUCAUGUCAGACUGCAUUAGCUGAGAUUUUGGAUGUAAUGGUGCGUUCUAUUGCACCCAUUCUCCCUCAUUUGGCUGAAGAGGUGUUCCAACACAUACCCUAUGAGAAAGAACCCAAGAGUGUAUUUCGUUCUGGAUGGAUUAGUACAAAUUCUAUUUGGAAGAAACCGGGCCUAGAGGAAGCAGUGGAUGCAGCAUGUACAAUGAGAGAUGCAUUUCUUGGAAGCAUCCCUGGCAAGAAUUCUUUGGAAUAUGAUGUUAUCGUUGUGAUCGAUCCUGGACUACUCUUUGAAAUUAUUGAGAUGCUAGUUGAUGAAGGAACUUCUGGUAUAUCUCAGUUAAGUGAACUGAUGAUGGCUUCCCAAACAUCUCUGUUGGCUCAAGAUCCUAUAGCAAUCCCUGCAGAUGCAAUUGAACUUAAAGGGAGCUAUCUAAUCAACAUGGAAGGUAUUCGUGAAGAGACUUCAUAUAAAGUCAUUGUCAUACCUGCUACCAAAGAAAAAUGUCCCCGCUGUUGGAAGUACACAGCUGAUUCUUCAAAUCAACUUUGCCCCCGUUGCACCGAAGUUACUGCUUGAAAGAAAAAGCUAAUUAACAAAGUAAAACACUCUUUAGGUGAAAGCAAAGAGCCUCUGGCUUUGAAAUUUCUAGUAGCUUAUCUGGAGUGGUCAGUGAGUGUAAUAGUAAGGCACAAAAUUUUGAGAGAUUAUAUGUUCAGGCUUGAACAACUCUUCUAGUCAUUGUCUAGAUUUUGGAUUAUUUUUCCAGUGAAAUGGAAGAUACGAAUGAUGGUAAAAGUGGAAAUCACAGUAUUUUAAAAUAUUUCAUGUCACUAAAAUUUUCACAUAAAAACUUAACGUGGUCAGACUCUGACUGGGUACUAUCAUCUGCCUUCAGAUGUUGGUCAACUGAAAAUGCUUUAUAUUUUGUAAAUAUUUUCUUUAACAAAUGUGUUCAGAAUUAUCUCUGAAAAUAAACCUCUGUUUGAAGAAUACCAUUGUUGAA